AUGGAUAGAAAAAGAAGAAAAGUAGAAAAUGAAAAUAGACAGUUUUGUCCUGAAUGGAUGGACUUAUAUUGUUUUAUUUUACCAGAUAGAGUAGGUGCCUUACCUGUUUGUUUAAUUUGUAAUCAAACAGUGGCUGUUAUGAAAGUGUUUAAUAUCAAACGUCAUUAUGAGACACACAAGUCAUUUGCCGAAAAAUUCCCAUUGGGUACUGGCAUUCGUAAAACAAAAAUUGAAAAUCUAAAAAUGAAAUAUAAAUCGGCAACUCAAAUUUUAAGCCAUGCAAUGACUGAACAACAGAAAUGUGCACAGGCAUCUUUACAAAUUUCGUGGAUACUCGGUAAACAUAUGAAGCCAUUUACAGAUGCUGAUAUUGUUAAAGAAUGUAUGCUUCAAUCUGUAAAUAUACUGUUUGAAAAUAAAAAGGAAAUUGUCGAAACUUUUCGUCAUAUCCCAAUAUCAGCAUCCACUAACACGAGAAAUACUGAAGUACUGGCCAAAGAUAAUCACAAUCAGUUGAAACAAGAUCUAUCUACUGCUGAUUUUUAUUCUAUAGCCUUGGAUGAAUCUUGUGAUAUCACAGAUACAUCUCAGCUAAUAAUUCACGUGAGAUACUUGAGCAAUAUCAGUGGGGCAUUUUACGAAGAGUUAUUGACACUUUUGCCGUUAUCAGGGACCAGCAAAGGAAAUGAUUUGUACAAUGCUGUAGUAUUGUAUUUUGAAACAGAAAAUUUAAAUUUGAAAAAAAUUAUCUCUGUUACAACCGAUGGUGCACCAGCGAUGAUUGGCGCUCAUCAAGGCUUUGUUCAAAGAUUAAGAAAUGACCCUAAAUGCAACUCUGAUCUUUUAUCGUACCAUUGUAUCAUUCAUCAAAGCGUCCUUUGCUGCAAACUGGAUCCGUGUUUGGAAAAAAUUAUGAAAACACACAGACUAUUUAAGGCACUUGUUCAAGAAAAUGAUACUCAGUUUGACGAUUUAUUACUUCAUAAUAAUGUGAGAUGGCUGAGCAAAGGAAAUGUUUUGCAAAGGUUUUUUAACUUACUGAAUGAAAUUGAACUAUUUUUAAUUCAGAGUACACAUUUGUCUGCCAAAGACUAUCACGAAUUUAUCAGUGAUAAUAGUAACAUAGCAACUAUUGCGUUUUUGACAGAUAUAUUUCAACACAUAAAUUCGUUCAACUUGAAACUUCAAGGUAAUCAGAAACUAAUUUGCCAUUUAGUUUCUGAGGUAAAUUGUUUUUGUAGAAAAAUUGACUUUUUUUUACAAGAUGUUGGUAAUGAACGUUUACAUUUUCAUAACUUGAAAAAAGUUGUAGAUGAAAAUCACGAGAUUGAUAUGACAAAUUUUACGAAGUUUUUGGAAAGUUUAAAAACUGAAUUCGAAAGACGCUUUGCUGAUUUCAGAAAAAUCAAAAACGUUGUACAACUAUUGAACAGUAGUUUUACUCUGCAGCCUGAUGGUGAAUGGAUUAACGAAGCAGAAAAUGUUUUCAACUGCAAUAGAGCACAUCUUCAAAUGGAAAUAAUUGAAUUUCAAUCAGAUGAUGUCCUAAAAAAUUUGUAUAAUGAAAAAAAUGACGAAUAA